AUGACACAUCUGAACAAGAAACCGAGGUUGGAGGAGAACCUCACCGUCAACAUGUUCGACGACUUACCCGACGAUCUCGUCAUCUCUAUCCUCCGCAAGCUCAUUUCCUCCGCUUCUUCUCCCGCCGAUUUCAUCAGCGUUCUCAUCACAUGCAAGAGAUUGAAUCGGUUGGGAUUGCAUCCUCUGGUUUUAUCCAGAGCCGGGACUCAUACCCUAGCCGUUACGGCGGACAAAUGGUCCGAUUCCGCUCACAGAUUCCUCAAACUCUGUGUUAGUGCCGGAAACAUUGAUGCUUGCUACGCUCUCGGGAUGAUCCGAUUUUACUGUCUUCAAAACCCAGUAAGCGGCGCGUCUCUUAUGGCGAGAGCCGCGAUUAAGUCUCACGCGCCGGCACUUUACUCGUUGUCGGUGAUUCAGUUCAACGGAAGCGGCGGUUCCAAGACUGACAAGAAUCUACGCGCCGGCGUCGCUCUCUGCGCACGCUCUGCUUAUCUCGGCCACGUCGAUGCGCUCAGGGAGCUCGGUCACUGCCUUCAAGACGGUUACGGAGUCCCUCGAGAUGUCUCCGAGGGUCGUCGGCUUUUGAUUCAAGCCAACGCCAGAGAGCUCGCGUGCUCUCUACGCUCUUACAUCUCUCACAAACCUGGAAACGAAACCCUAGCCGAUCUCUGUUGUGGCGGCGGCGUACCGGUUCAGGAGAUUCAUCCAGUGAACCGGCUUUUGAAAGAGUGGUUCGGGUCGGGUCGGAUUGAUUUGGCGGAGGGUCUGAGGAUGUGUUCGCAUGGAGGUUGCGGUAGGCCGGAGACUCGGUCGCAUGAGUUCCGGAGAUGUUCAGUUUGUGGGAAAGUGAACUAUUGCUCAAGAGGAUGUCAAGCGUUGGAUUGGAGAGCGAAGCAUAAGAUGGAGUGUGCGCCGUUAGAUCUGCUCGUUGCGCCGGAUAUCGACGGCGGGGCGGUGGCCGGUAACGCCUCUGACGCUUAG